AUGAAGACCAUAGCCACUGCAUCCAAUCUUGCUAACCUCCUGCCUACCGGUACCGUCCUCGCAUUCGAGACCCUCAUUCCUAGUUUGUCAGGUGACGGCGAAUGCCAUACUGCCAAUAAGGGUUUUUCGAUAUCCGUAAUAAUAAUUUGUGCCCUCAUCUGCUUCUUCUCCACAUUUACUGAUAGCUUCGUUGACAGUACCGAUGGGAAGCUCUAUUAUGGCAUUAUCACUCGCAAAGGCAUGCACAUCUUGAAUCCUGGAGAAAAAGAGAUCACUGAUGACGAAAAAAAGCGCUUAGAGAAGUAUAGAAUAAAACCUAAAGAUUAUCUUCACGCUUUUGUUUCACUAUCUCUGUUCAUGAUCUUUGCUCUUACGGACCUCAACGUGAAAAACUGUUUCUUCCCGGACGCACCAGAAGAUCUCAAUCAAAUCACGAUCCAUCAUUUACCACUAGCAGCUGGGGUAUUUGCAUCCUUUAUAUUCACAGUUUUCCCAACUACUCGAAGAGGGAUAGGAUAUACACAGCCCCGGCCAGAUAAGAUCGAUAAAAAUAGUUGGAACCAGAACUUAGCCACCAGGGCCACUGACUUGGAGAUGGGGUUUGUGCCCGUAGGAGCCGAGGCUGAGGCCAAGGCCUCCAUCACAACGGCUAAUUCAUAG